CUCCCGCUGCGGUUUGGUGCCAGCCAGCUGUGAAACUGACAAGGGAGCGGGAAGGGGGGGGCUCGCUCCCUGUCUGGGGAGGAGGCUGCGACCAGGCGUGCGAGCCCAAGUGUGUUUAAAAAGCAAUGAGCCACUCCCCCCUCCCCCCGCGCCACUCUCUUCCCUCGCCAGCCUGUUAGCUCUGCUCCCGGCUGUCUGCGAGUCUAGCGCGCAGCGAGCCCAGCGCUGGCCUGGGAGCCAGGGGCACCGCCAGAGGAGCGGGCAGGGGAGCAGAGGGGGCGUAGGCGGCUUCUGUUGUAGGGCGUGCAGCCCGAAAUAAAACAAAACCAGGCAGAACAAAGCUCUGUCACAACUGUGCUUCCUGGUUGUCGCCUCCUGCCUGCAAACCACUGAACAUUUUCCACUUGAUAUCGUCAUGCAGAAAGGGAGAAACGAGACGCAAUGAGAGAUUCAGAUACCAAAAGAUUAAAGUCAGAUGCUCGUCUACAAACUGCCUAACCAUUGUCCUUCACUGGUGAGAUAAAAGGAAGAAGUCACGGAAAGAGAGGAACUACACCAGGCUUCAGAUUUUGGACUAUACGGCAAGACUCUGUAAGAUACUCGGUGUUUUCUCCAUUAGGGCUACAAUGGAGACACUGUCCCAGGACUCUUUGCUGGAAUGUCAAAUUUGUUUCAAUUAUUACAGCCCCCGACGGAGGCCCAAGUUGCUGGACUGUAAGCAUACCUGCUGUUCUGUUUGCCUUCAGCAGAUGAGGACAAGCCAGAAGGACCUGAGAUGUCCCUGGUGCCGAGGUAUCACUAAGCUGCCACCGGGAUUUUCUGUAUCCCAGCUGCCUGAUGACCCAGAGGUGAUUGCUGUGAUUGCAAUUCCCCAUACUUCAGAGCACACCCCAGUCUUCAUCAAACUUCCUAGCAAUGGGUGCUACAUGUUGCCCUUGCCCAUCUCCAAGGAGAGAGCGCUGUUGCCAGGAGACAUUGGCUGUCGCCUCCUGCCAGGUAGUCAGCAAAAGUCUGUCACUGUGAUGACAAUCCCAACUGAGCAGCAGCCCCUGCAAGGAGGGAUCCCGCAGGAAGUCGGAGAGGAGGAGCAAGACAGGAGGGGCGUUGUGAAAAGCUCCACUUGGUCAGGUGUUUGCACUGUGAUCUUGGUGGCGUGCGUUUUGGUCUUUCUCCUUGGUAUAGUCCUCCACAAUAUGUCUUGCAUUUCCAAGCGUUUCACUGUGAUUUCCUGUGGCUGAAAAGGGUCUGCUCCCAGAAUACUCUAAUGGGAUAAUUUAGGGGUGGUGGUGAUGACAGGCUCGAGUGAGAUGAUGCACUGCAACAUUGACCAAUUACUACAGAACGCUUGAUACCGGACAGCUGUUUGACAGUCUGAAGGCAAUCCUAAAAGGCGAAAUGUGAGACCUCUCAGCAGAGUACAGAGAAAAUCAUAAUGAGCAUCUGAUGGUAACUGCAUUGAGGAAGACUGCAUGUGUCACCAUCCUCAUUGAUCAAAUGGACUGUAACUUCUAAUGAUUUUUAUCAUGUUAUGAGACUAAAGACAUCUACUUAGCUGGUUAUACUGUAAAAGUAUAUGAUAUGAUCACUCUGUCUUUAAAUGCAGUAGAUUAAACUCAAAAUGCUAUAUGUAUAAGUAGAAUUAAACAUGAGAAUCAGUGUAAGACUCAGUAAAGAUAUUCCAAUGCCAGUCCAUACAUAUUUUUUUAAUGGGGGGGUGAAGGGGAACUGUAAAAAAAAUUCAUUUAGUUGGUAAGGCUUUUUAUAUAUUUUAAAUUGCACAUUAAUUAAAAUAAGUUAGAAAGUUGCAUAAUAGCUUUUAAAAAGAAACAUUUUACAAGCGAUUGUGUUUCGUAGGUGAUGUGUGUUUUGUCAUAUACUUUCAUUUUGUUUCCACCUGUAGUGAAGUGUCCUUUUGAAGUGUUUUGUUAAAGCAAGAUCCAAGCAGAGGAGCAAUAAAGUGAACAAAUAGGGCUACCUAAAAGUGCAGCCAAAGGCCUGCGGUGUAAGCCCUGUCAUGAAGUAUGGCUUUGAAGUGUAAACACUGGACAUGCUGUUUCACCUCUGGUCUGUCAGGCAGGCUUCUCAAGGCUCUGGUCUCCCUGGGGAUUAGUGAAGGGAUGGGUCACAGAAGUGCUGGACAUGCUUCCUGCAAGGACUGGAUAGCAAAUUGAUUUUUGGAAUAUGGGACCAGCCUUGCCUCCAUGUUCAGUCAUAGUUGCAGCAGUGUCAUUAUUGACAGUAACUCUAUGGAUGCCUAGAUGACUGAACAGAAAUUGAGGUCUCAUUGUGCCAAGCAUUGUACAAAUAUCUCAGCUCAAAGGGUUCAUGCUCUACAAAGAUAAGACAGACCAAUGAUGGGAAACAGGUUGAGAGGGGAAAGGGACUUGCCCAAGGUCACAGAUCAGGUCAGUGGCAGGACUGGGAACAGAACCCAGAGCUCUUGAGUCCAAGACUAAUGCUUGAUCCACUGGACCAUGCUGCCUCUCCUAACCCCGAGUCACACUGGUGUAAAACCUGUGUGAGAUCAUAAUCAGGCCCUGUGCCUCCUUUCAGUGAUCUAAACCUUGUUACUCUUAGGGCCAAAUGUGAAACUUCCAAGAGGAAAUGAUCUAUCUUUUACUGCAUGUUGACAUUACAAAGCCCGGGUGACUGCAAUUCAUUGCUCAUAAAGGGCCAGAUUAGGAUACUUAUGCUAACACCUCACUUAACAAGAAAGUUCAUCACCUUUUGUGGGACUUCUUGCGGAGUAAGGUAUUCAGCAUGAGUAAGGGUAUCAGAAUCUGGCUGAAAGUCUGGAUUUGUUUGAUUUUUUUUUUUUUUUAAGGGUCAGAGUGGGACUUGUGGCAAAAAAAAACUAUUGGUUUGCCUGAUUUGUAUUGCUAGUAUGAAGAAUGGACAAUUACACAGGUGUAAGCACAGUGAACAAUGACCUCUAAUCUAUUAGUAAUAUGCUUUCUAAUAGUUAAUUUGAGAUGGUUCAAUCCUAUGUAAUAACACUGGAGAACCUUGUUCCAACUGAGUUAGGGGCAUAAAAGAAGUCAGUGGUUUUGCACCAGUGCAACUGAAGAAAAAUUGGCUCAUUAUGAACAUUAUUCUCAUUCGAAAAUAAAAUACAGAGCACAUAUCUUCCUUAAUGGUAGAUUCUCUCUUCUCUCUCUCUCUCCUGCUUUAUGUCUGUUCUCUAAAGAAUGGCAUAUAUAUGCCUGAGUGUUAAAUUAGUAUAUGUAAGGUUACGCGUGAAGAUAAAGCUCCUGGUGCACUGUGCCUGCUUUUAUCUACUGUCAUUUGUGAGGGCAUAACAAAGAAAAUACCCCAGAGGUGACACAUUUGUUACCUCCUUUUUUCCACUAAGAAGAGCACAUGCAGAACCAUAUUCAAUAUGCAGAGAACCUGGUUUACAAACGCUUAUUAUAAACAUUCUGCACCUGGACAUCAGUGAAAGUGGGGUGUAAUAGGAAGGAAUAUUAAUUCCAAAUGCAUGCGGUAUUAAAAUUGUUAAUCUGUAUCAUCGUCUUGUAGGGAAAACUCUAUUUACAUCCAUGUUACAUGUUAGCAUGUAAUGGAACUGUAGCCCGCUAAUAUUUCUGCCUUCAGAAGACUCCAUGCUAGUAUACAGUUAGAGGACAUACUGCUCUACUGCCUCGCCCCUUGUAAUCAUCUACCCUCGCGGCAUGUGAGGGGGGUGUGGGCGUGAAAUGCUACCAGAUCAGAAUGGCGGCACUUGACACCGAUUUUGCACUCACUGAGCACAAGUGUAAAUGGCUAGACAAGCUGCAAGACAGUGGAGUAGAAGGCCCCGUGAGUACAAUGCUAUUAAUAUUAACAUUGGAAUGAUCAUAAAAUGCCUAACUGAAGCUCUUGACAAAGCAGGUUCUCUUGAUCUUUUCAAAUAAUGUCUCUCAUAAAAGGUGCUGGUUUUCCUUCCCCACACGAAGAGUGUAGUUGGAAGGAUAAAUCAGAAAUGAGGUUAAAAUGCUACACUGCAUAACACAUUACACAACAGGCAAAUAUGGGGUUUAAUCUGGUAUUAAUGAUGUAGGCAUCAUCUGACUAGAACACCAUACUUUAUUACUUAACACAGUGCAUUGUUUGGUUAUUGUGAGUUUCUUGUACUGUUCAGAGCCUGCUGAAAUGCAUGGCUGACCUAAUUUCUGAUUCUGAUAUUUGCCUGUUUUACAGUUUUUGAGUGAGUGCAAUAAAUAAAACCUCAAGAUUUUUUGUGGGUUAACGCCUAUUCAAAAAUAUAAUUUUAUGGGGGAAGUUUCUUCUUUGCUUUAGGCAGUGCGACUACCAUUGAAAUUUUGCAACCUUCAUAUCAUGUUAGAUCACAUAGCUUUAUGCUGAUGAGUGUAGAAUAUUGCAAUGUACAGUGUUAGACCAUUUCUCAAGUAGGUUAAUAUUCAUACUUUAAAAUGCAGUGUGAUCUAUUCCAUUUUAUAUUUCUCAGUCCAAGACCUGGCAUUCAGAAAGGAGACCGCUAUCUAUGGCUAUGACUUUGCAAAAUGUGCUAGAGAAAUUAUUCCCAGGAAAAACAUUUAAACUCACAUAAUAUCCCAGUUCUGCACCAAUUUCAUGCCAAAAUGAUCAACUCCUGGGUAGGUUCUUAAUCCUUGUAUAUCAGCGACUCUUUUGAUCACUACUCAGUUCUUGAAAAAGGAAGACAAACUUUUAUUUUUUUAUGGCAUAGGUACUAGUUGAGCAAACAUUAUUUAUACUAAAUCUUGCCUGAAGUUAUUUAUGCACCUGCAUUUUUGGACAAAUUACCGUUUAUGAAGGUUUAUUAUUUGUUUGUUUAACGGAGAGUACAGCUUCUUUUAUUUUAAAGGUUUCAGCUUCCGUUUUUAGCUUGUGCUUUACUGGGAGUCAGAAAUAGGAUUCACUUUGUGAAAGUUUGUUCAGUGAAUUUUACAAAUUCAAAAUACGCAAUUUUGGUAUGUGCGAUUUUUUUAGAAAAUUGUGUAUUAAGUGAUCAUGCUUAGACGAUAUGGAAAGAAGCAUGGUAGUUUUGUAAACAGGGAGCAAUCAUGAGUCUAAAGUUUCAUCUUUAUUAAUGAAGGUUGGUAUGAAUAAAAUAUUAGCAGGAAUAGAAUGAAUACAUCAAGUGAGUUAUGGUUUCUCUAGUCCUUUCACCUUAAAAUGAACAGCACAGUGAGUAACUCAGUGGAAUUAUUUUGUAUUUACACUAGUGUAACCAAAAUUAGCAUUUGGCUGUGUUCCUCAAGACAAAUUUUUUAAGUAUGGGCUGUGGAUAGUUUUCAAAAGGGGUGUGUGUGUAUGUGUGUCUGUGUUGGGGGAUAGUAGUUUUGUUGUUGUUGUUGUUAAAUAGUUGAUUUUUGAGUAGAAAUUACAUCUGAUGACCACAGAGCUACAAAGAUUUUCUUUUCUGUUUCAAGUGAUUUAAAAUUUGUGAGUGAAUUUAUUCCUUACAAAAGUGAGAUAUUACUGGCAUUAGCCUGAGCAUGUAUUGUGCAGGCAGGUAUGCGUCACCUCCCUGCCCCCCCCCAAUCAUGGCAGUGCUCCUUAAUCCAGAUCAGCCAACCCCCAUCCCCCGCUAGUGUUACAGGCAUGAGGUUUUUCUUGAAUGGAGAUUAUGCAUGUAACAAAUCCACUGCAAAAUAAGCAAACACGGUGAGGAUGGGACCAAACAAUUUAUUUUCACUUGUAACAGAUACAUGAUUUGAAUCUACUAUAAGCCUAAACUUUAUCUGGAUUUUUUUUUGUGUGUGUUAAUACCUAUUGCACUAAGGUAACAUUGUGACCUGUUCAUCAGAGAUUGGCCAGAAUCAAAAAUUCCACAUCUAAACACGCUUCUGUGAAUUCAAGCUGUAUUACAACACAAUAAAUCAUACAGGAGACAUCCAUAUGUCUAGUAAAUACAUUUAGUGGAAUGCUGACUUUAAAAUGUUUCCUUUUGCCAGAUGCCCAGGGAAUGUGGUUUUAAAUUUGGGGGUUUCUUUCUUUUUGGGGGGAAUGCAUGAUGACAAAUGAAUCCAAACAUCACCCAGGCGGCUAUAAGGAUUCAUAUACAGUUAAAGCAAAGACCUUUAUGUUUGAGUAUUUAGCAGAGCAAGAUUCUACUGGAAUGCUGCAAUGGAAUUACAACAUAUGAAUGACCUUUCCUUUCCUUUACACUGUCCUUAGACCUGACAGCUGGGAUUGUUCUUCUUUCUUUCUCUCUGUCAGGUUAACAUUUUGCAUGCCAGUAUUGACCCAAGUCAAACUACACUGCUUGUUUCACGCUUCUCAAAUUGAACGGUGUUAGCUGACAUUUCUCAAACUGCCCUUAGCAUCUUUAGCAAAUGAGCACUUAUAUGUUGUCUAAGCAGUUGAAAUUUAAAGCCUUAUAAAUGUCCAGGGAAUGGAUUUUUACAGCAUUCAAUUAAUGCUUCAGUAAAUAUCUCUUUAUUUUAGAUCUAAACAUUAGGUAAAUUUUCACUAAGCAGUUUCCUAAACACCAGAAGCAGGAAUUAGAGAGGAGUCGCACACACACACACACGCAUAUUAAUAUCACAUUGAAGCCAAUAUGUAUACGGGUAAAGUGAGGACUUAUGUGUGCUCAUGGGAACAUGAGAGGGAGGAGGGUUUUGAAAGCUGAGGGGAGCGCGUGUACACACAGAGCGAGGCUCAGAAGACUAUCUGUUACCUAGGAUUGAGAGGAUCAUUAGUAACCAAGAAUGGACGAAUGCUGUAUGGCUAUAUUGGGGGUGUUGUACACCCUGAGGCAUCUUCUUCAUUGUGGAGGAGUCCACGCCUCUGCCUCAGUUCCUUGUGAUAAGCUGCCUCUUAACCUGUCCCCUAGCUGCUGCCCCUAAACUCCCCCUCUCCCCAAACACUGGAGUUCUUGGAUCCUGUUGGGACUGCCCAUCUUGUAUCAGUGCUGGAGUCGGUGCUGCAUCCUGGCCUGGUGUUCAGGUGAGGAGCCAUUGAACUGCUGCUUGCCUGGGGACUGUACAGAGGCUUCUGCCUGAGGUGGGAUGAGGGGCCCUGAAAUGAGCAGGGCUGGAAGGUUGGGUUUUGAGAGUUAUUAAGGGUUUGUCAAAUGAGCAAGAGGAAAGGGUAUUUGGGCUUGGAUAGUGGCUCAUGAAAUUAGCAGGGAGCCGGAACUGUCAUGAAGAUGUCUUGAAUUGCACUGAUUGGGAUGAAGAGAUGUGGAGGAGGGGCAAAAUUGAAUGGAGGGAUGAUUAGGCAGUGGCUUGGAACUGGGUAUUUGUGGUAAGUGGAGACCUUUAUCAGGCAAAUUUGAGCUGAAUUAGAUUAGUUAUUUCUGAUGCCUGGGAGUUAGAUGGUUUGUCAUAUCAUAGCUCAAGAGUGGUUUGGCCAAGCAACUUGAAAUUUUGGUUAAUUCAGAUAUUGGACCUCUUUGAGUUUUGAGGCUGAGUAUUUUGGAAGUUAAGUUUUCUGCCUAAUUAAGAAAUUUGCAAAGUGCAUGGGCUGUUCUAGGGUUCCGAGAAGUCCUUAAAUCCUGGGAAUAGCAUGAGUUACAAGCAUGCUUCUAUUGAAGGCCAAAUGUAUGGAAACAGAUGGUCAUGUCCCACUGCAAAAAUAAACUUGACUGACAAAAUUGGCAAGAAAAGUCCAGAACAAUGCCACAAAGCUCUUUAGACAUUCCAUGUUAAUGUCACUGUCACGCCUGUUUGAUUUAAGAAGUUGUUUAGUUGAAGACAAAGGCAGUAUUGCUGUACUUCACAUUUGUAUGUAAGAAAAAAUUAGGGUUAUAUAAGAGGGCUGGGUUUUUCUGUUUUGUUUUUCAAGUUGAUGUAAAUAAGGCAAUUGAGAAAGUCGAGUAGUUACUUGCCCAAGAGUAUUUACCUGCCUAUUUUAAGAAUUAUAAAGCGUGUCUUAUGUCAUUGCAUCAGUCUUGAAAAUUUCCAUCACCUAUCCCCAGUUGCAUGCACUGAAUGGUUCUGAAUUUCUGUGGUGGGACCCAUUAAAGAGGGAUCUGAGUCUCAAUCAAUAUCUGAGAACUUGUCCAACUUGUCAGGUUGCUUGACUUCAGAUUCAAAUUUCACUUCAGUUCCAAAUCUAAGUUGUAUGUAGUCUCUAAAGAAUUGGAAAUUAAUUGUCCUGUUACUAUGAAUAACUAGAUUCUGUUUAUUUCAUAUCUCUAAGAUCAUGGGUCAGUUUUCAGUAACAUACAAAUGUUGUAGCUAGUCCUUUUACCUCUGUUGAUGGAAUAAAUGUGAUAAUUUAUUUA